AUGGCCGAUGUGAUGAUCGUGCCGGGUUACGGCAUGGCCGUCUCGCAGGCGCAGCGAGCAGUGGCAGAUAUCGCUUCCUUCCUGAAGGAAAAAGAGAUCAACACGCGCUUCUCCAUUCAUCCGGUGGCCGGACGAAUGCCGGGACAGAUGAAUGUUUUGCUCGCGGAAGCUGGCGUCCCCUACGACUGGGUGCACGAGAUGGAUGAGGUCCAGGAUGAGAUGUCCAACGUGGACGUGUGCUUGGUGGUAGGUGCGAAUGACAUCACCAACGAAGCAGCAGAGGUGGAUGAGGACUGCUCCAUCUACGGCAUGCCUGUCGUCAAAGUGUGGGAGGCCAAGAACUGCAUCUACCUGAAGAGAUCGAUGGCUGGAGGUUAUGCGGACAUCGAGAACCCGGUGUUCUUCCGCGAGACCACCCAGAUGUUGCUAGGCGACGGCAAGGCCAGCUGCGAAGGCAUCGCAGCGGCGCUGAAGUCGAAGAGUUGA